UUUAGGGGCGAUCGGAGUUCUAGAGCGAGAAAAUUUUCUCUCUCUAAAAGCAAGCUUCUUUGAAGGCAGAGAGGCAAGAUGGGGCUUUUCUUGAAGAUAGGUUGAAGAAGAAAGGAAGAGAAUGGUUGUUUAGGUAAUUAUAAAAAAUAGCGAAUAAUGAGGAGCCCAUUCGGAGGAGGAAGGAUCUGUGAAGAAUUCUCACCUGGGUAUUAUGGGGUUUGCGCCGUUGGAGGAAUGCUCAGUGCAGGAACAACCCAUCUCGCUAUCACUCCCUUCGAUGUCCUCAAAGUCAAUAUGCAGGUGAACCCUAUCAAGUAUAAUAGUAUUUACACUUGCUUUACCACUCUAUUGAGAGAACAAGGGCCUUCCACCUUUUGGAGAGGUCGUGGUGGCAAGUUCUUCGGGUACGGUGUUCAGGGAGCUUGCAGAUUUGGCCUGUAUGAAUACUUCAAGAUGGUUUACUCUAAUGUGCUGGUAGAUCACAACAAGAGUUUCAUCUUUUUUGUUAGUAGUGCAUCUGCUGAAGUGAUUGCCAAUGUGGCUCUCUGCCCUUUUGAGGCUAUUAAAAUCCGUGUUCAAGCACAGCCUCAUUUUGCAAAGGGCUUAGUUGAUGGCUUUCCUAAGUUAUAUGCCUCAGAAGGCCUCCGCGGCUUCUACAGGGGCCUUGUUCCACUUUGGGGCCGUAACCUUCCAUUCUCUAUGGUUAUGUUUUCGACAUUCGAGCAUUCUGUAAAUUUUCUGUAUCGUAAUAUAAUUAAAAGAAGGAAGGAGGAUUGCUCAAGAGCUCAACAGCUUGGGGUAACAUGUUUAGCUGGCUAUACUGCGGGAUCUAUUGGUAGCAUUAUUUCUAACCCUGCUGACAACAUUGUUGCCUCACUUUAUAACAAAAAGGCCGAUAGCCUCAAGCUGGCUGUGAAAAGAAUCGGGCUUGUGAAUUUAUUUACUAGAAGUCUUCCUAUCAGGAUACUGCUUGUUGGACCUGCUGUGACUUUGCAAUGGUUGUUCUAUGACACCAUUAAAGUGUUAAGCGGAUUACCAACUAGUGGAGAUGGUGGCACCGAUAUAGAAGGAAACAAAAAAGUCUAAGCUUGUGGAGACAGACUGCUGCAGUAAGGUAUGUCUGUCUUAGUGAUUAUACAAGGAUCACCACUCCAAGAUUCAGAAAGGAGAAAAUCAUAACUUUACUGAAAGGGGGACAUCCGUUGAUUCUCUGCUUAUUUGUUUCGGUUUUGCUGUAAUUCGCGGCAGCCAGCAAGAUUUUGGACUAGUUCUGGAUUUUUGUCAAGGGGCCAUUGCUCAGUGCAAAAGUUUUUUAUAUCGAGCUGCAACAUGUGAGAACGUGGAUUCAAGACUGUAGGUUUCCAAGCUUCGGUGUAUAUACUCUGGUUUAAAUAUCAAGUCUUCCAAAACUUUGAUGCAGUUUUGAUGCUAAAAUAUGCCUUUGUCACUGGUUGGUCAUCCCUAGCUUGUGUCCCAUACAUUUAAUUGACAAGUUUUUUUUUAUGUCAAACUUGUCUUGCAUUAUUAAUGGUUGAAUAAUUGUGCCUCUACAUAGGCAAAUGCAAUUGAAUAUUAUGAAUCAGAAAG